CCACGAUAUGCACACAGAUCUAGAACUACACACAUCUACAUCUCCAAUGCUGUGACUGUUACCUGUACUUGAUGAGGUGCUUGUACGUGCUGUGGAAUGCCUAGUUAACGUGGAAAUGAGUAGUAUAAGUGAGCAGGUUGCGAGCAACAACGUGUGGAUGGUGAAGCAUCUCGUGUCCAUGCCCGGGACCGUCAGCCGGAAGGAGCUUAAUCACGCCCUCUUACAGGCUGCAAAACUAGGGUUCGCGGAGUGCGCCAAGGCUCUGCUGGAAGGCGGGGCUGAGGGAGAUUUCGUCAACACCGCUGGUAAUACGCCGCUCAUUACCGCCGUCAAACAUAACAAACCAGAAGUCGUGAAGGUUCUGCUUGAAGGCGGCUGCGCGAAAAAUUUCCGGGGAGAGCUGUCGGUCUUUCCCCUGCACGUUGCCGCCCAGAACGGCUACAGCCGCUGUGUGGAUCUGCUGAUACAGGCCGGGGUGGCGGUGGACGCCCGAAACACUGAGGGUAACACACCAUUAAUUCUAGCGGCUAUUGGCGGACAUUACAUAGCCAUUCAAAGUCUGAUUUCCGGUGGUUGUGAUAUAAAUGCCGCAAACAAUGAAGGAAUAACUGCGCUACAUUACACGUGCUACAAAGCACGAGGAUUUCAGGUAUUACUGGAUGCGGGGGCGAAUCCCGAUGCACGUGAUAAAGACAAUAUCACUCCAAUACUAAUGGCGGCUUCAGAAGGAUUUGAUGGCGUGGUAAAGGCCUUGGUAGAGGCAAAUUGUGAUGUUAAUAUACCUAACAACUCUGUCAAAAGGACAGCCCUUCAUUUAUUGUCAUUUAAAGGCCACCCAAACUGUAUAAACUCUCUAGUUUAUGGAGGAGCAGACAUAAAUGCGCCAGAUAUUUAUAACAGGACUCCUCUAUGGUAUGCCAUUCAAAAUAAGAAAAUAGAAGUUGUUCGACUUUUGUUGAAAGCUUACAGCCAUGUAGACACCUUUCAAUGUCCGGCCACAUCUACCUCCGAGGACUGUCCAGCAAGACUUGCCUUCGAUUUGAAACUGUUUGACGUCAUAAAAUUCUUUAUUUUGACUGGUUAUGAUCAAUGUCACGUGCGUGAGUGUUUACAACGUGGUGAAUUUUCUGAUUGGUUAAAAACGAAUGUGGAGUUUUUACAUUGGUCGGAAUUCGGUUCAAGUGCGCAGACGCUAAAACAGCUGUGCCGGAAGUGGAUUCGCCACCAUCUUGGGAGGCAAUUUUACCACCACCUGCAAUUUUUGCCGCUUCCAGAAAUGAUGAGAAAUUAUUUAUACAUAGAAGAACUGCAUGAUCACUGAGUUUGCGUUGGCCAUACAAAUUAAUUGUCAAUUAACGUAUUUUUCUUUUGCUUUCUAAUAAUAUUCUUUAGUUUUAUAAAUACAGGUUUUGCAAAGACAUUUAGAGUGAACUCAACUUGUAUAUAAAUAACUUAACCCGGUUUCAUAGAGGCAUGAAGUUAUGUAAGGAAUAUGAUUCAAAAUUAAAUAUCAAACAUGUGUUUAUCCCUUAAAUAUUUUAUAUUUUAUUACGUAUUAAAUACUAUUGUCGCUCUA